AUCAUGUCCCGCUCGGAGGAGGUCAACCGGCUGACGGAGAAUGUCUAUCGGGCAAUUCUGGACCAAUUCAACCCCAGUCUAAGGAAUUUUGUUACCAUGGGAAAGAACUAUCAGAAAGCACUCUCAGGAGUAACAGUAGCAGCCAAAGGUUAUUUUGAUGCCUUAGUGAAACUUGGUGAAUUGGCCAGCGACAGCCAAGGAUCCAAGGAACUCGGUGACACAUUGUUCCAGAUGGCAGAAGUUCAUCGGCAGAUCCAAGUACAGCUGGAGGAGACACUGAAGCUUUUCCACUCGGAGCUGCUAUCCCAGUUGGAGCACAAAUUAGAACUGGAUAUCAAAUAUCUAAUGGCCACCCUGAAGAAAUACCAAGGUGAGCACCGUGCCAAAGCAGAAUCCAUUGAAAAGUGUCAAACAGAACUGAAGAAACUACGCAAGAAAUGCCAGAGCAGCAAAAACCCACAGAAGUAUGGGGACCGCGAGGUGCAGUAUGUGGAGAUUAUGAGCACCAAGCAGAGUGAGUUGGAUCAGUUCGUGGCAGAAGGAUAUAAGGCAGCUUUGACUGAGGAGAGGCGCCGAUACUCCUUUCUGGUGGACCGCCAAUGUGCCGUCUCCAAGCACUUCAGCACCUAUCACACCAAGGUGCGGGAGCUGCUAGCAGCCAAGCUGCCUGUCUGGCAGACAUCGUGCACCCAACCCACUCGCCUACCUGAGCGUGCCCUGGCUUUGGUCAAGCUCACAGCCAACCAUCUCCCUGGGGGGACACCCGUGCCAGUCACCGAACCCCUUCCCAGCUCUAAGGUCCUGGAAGAAUUAUUAGAGCAUGGACCAAAUCACCGUGCUUCAGUCCAAGAGGUGACACCUCUUCUUAAUGGUGACUCUCAUCGUGGGAGGGGAUCAAGGGACUCGAGUCACCCACCAGUCAGUGAAUCCACCACCAUCACUUCAGGUCUGCCGCCCACACAAACCACUCAGACUCCCCCACAGACCAAGACCGCUGACAGUUAUUCCUGCACCCUUCCAAUGCCGCGCAAGAUGUCAAUGGAGACCCGUCUGGCAACACUGGUGGAGAACAAGACCCUGCCUCGUGUCAGUCCGCUCUCAAUACUGCCCACACGUUCUGAGCGUCGGAGGGUCCAGGCGAUAUUCUCACAUGCAGCAGGCGAGAACAGCACCCUGCUCAACUUCCAAGAGGGAGACCUCAUCCUACUGCUGGUGACUGAGGCACGGGAUGGCUGGCAUUACGGGGAAAACGAGACGACCAAAAUGAAAGGCUGGUUCCCUUUCUCCUACACCCGGCCCUUCCCCCCAGCUGAAGGGGCUGACAAAGCAUUCAUCAGCUGUCCACUUAGCAAAAUGAACAGUAGCAGCACAGGAAAUUUGGACCGAGCUGGUUCUCCACUCGCUGGCCCUGACGGAGGGGACAGCCCACGCUUCAGGCCUUCCCCGCGUGCCAGCGCAUCCCGUCAACGCCCUUACAGCAUGCUGAACCCUGACCUGUCGCAGUUAGCAAAUGAGUUUGGGAGCCCUAGUGCCUCUCCUUCGAGGACCAACCCAUUUGCUCACAUCAAACUGAAACGUACCGUGACGAAUGACCGCUCAGCCCCACUCAUCCAGUGAGAGGCACAGGGAUAGGUGGCGCCGAUCCAUGGCUCUUUCCCCCGCUCUCUCUCCACCACAGUCUGUACAUUCUCACCUAACAAAGUACAUCUGGCUGCCUCCUCACCACCCCCUCUAGUGGCCAACGAGAGUAUUGCAGCUCCUGGGGCUGGCACCGUGUGUCAUGAGAUAUGGC